AAAGUCGGGGGUAGAUUACAUGAAGUACAAGCCUACUUCUAUUGGUGUAGUACGCUGACCAUACUAUAGGCGCUUUUCUAAGAUGGCGGAUCUCGGAGGACCAGAUGAUGAAUCUGGCUAUCGCUGGCUAAGUCAAUAUGAGAAGACGUGGGAAGCAAUUCGGGAAGAUGAUGAAGGCUCACUACAAACACUGGUGGAUGAGCUUGUUCACAGAAGCAAACGGCAAAGAGUCGCAGCAAGACCAGGGAAUGUCAGACUUGGGAUGAUGCGGCAUCUGUACAUAAUUAUUGACAUGUCUAAAGCAAUGGAAGAAGCAGACUUGAAGCCAAAUCGCCUUUCCUGCUCUGCCAAGUUAUUGGAAAAUUUCAUAACAGAGUAUUUUGACCAGAAUCCUAUAUCACAGCUUGGGCUCAUCAUUACUAAGAAUAAGAGAGCAGAAAAGCUGUCUGAACUGAGUGGAAAUCCAAAGCAUCAUAUCAGCACUAUCCAGUCUGCCUGUAGCAAGCCAUGUGUUGGGGAACCCUCGCUCCAAAAUGCCCUAGUGUUGGCAAUGCAAUCUUUGAAGCAUAUGCCAGGUCAUGUUAGCAGGGAGGUACUGGUGUUGAUGGGGAGCCUGACGUCCUGUGACCCAGGUGACAUCACUGAGACUGUCAAGUCCCUGAAAAACAUGAAUGUAAGAUGUUCAAUAGUUGGACUUGCUGCAGAGAUGCGAGUUUGUAAGCAGAUCUGUUCUUCAACAAAUGGCUCAUACCGCGUAGUGCUGGAUGAAAGGCAUUUCAAGGACCUCUUGAUGGAACAUGUCAUUCCACCUACUGCCACAGCAGAUACAGAAGCAUCUCUUAUACGAAUGGGUUUUCCUCAACAUCUGGCCAAAGGCCCACCAUCUCUUUGCCAUUGUCACAUGGAUAACAAGAAUAUUAAGGAAUUCACAACUAAAGGCUACUUUUGUCCCCAGUGUAGAAGCAAAUACUGCGAUUUACCUGUUGAAUGUAAAGUUUGUGGCUUAACCCUCGUAUCAGCACCCCAUCUCGCGCGCUCAUAUCAGCACCUCUUCCCACUACAACAGUACACAGAAGUCAACGUACCGGCCCAGAUCCCAGGACAACCGCCUUGGACUUGCCAGGCAUGUCAAAUAACGCUGACAGAGAAAACAGCAUGCUCCUGUCCUGAAUGCCGUCACGUGUUCUGUCUCGACUGCGAUAUUUACAUCCACGAGUCUCUCCAUACCUGUCCAGGAUGCACCGCGCAUCAAGUCACGGUUGCUAGGCAACAACCUAACUCCUGACCACCUAGAACUACACCACGUCACAAUGCUAGGCAACAACCCACGCCACGGAUGCUAGGCAAAAGCCGUCCCGGCAGCCCAAGAUGCAACGCGCAUCACGUCACUUCACGGGCAAACCAGACGAAAUGUUCGUGUAUCAAGAACGAUAAAUUUUGACUUUGCAGCGAAAAUUGCAGGAAAAUUCUGGCCUUUUGUGGAUUAUUUGCUUCUAAAGAUUAUCAAAAAAGUAUUCUUCUAUGGCACAUAGGUUUUGGAGUUAAAAGCUGUCCGAUUCUGUAGAAAAACUUUCCUCGAAGAGUGGAAGUUGUUGCGAGCUCGUGGAGCUUCCUACCCUGUUGUAUUUGAAAAUCGCCUAAACUGUUAGUAAUCACGGCUAAAACGGAACCAGAUCAAUCUAUGACAACAACUUCAAUAAAUUGGCUUUAUAACAUAUAUUCGGUACACAAAUUUAAGAUAAUAUUCGGUACACGAAAAUUUGUCUGGUUUGCCCGUGGUCACUUCAGCAACGAAUUGUUCAGGAAAAAUGGCGUAGCGUACGACGUCAAGACUGUCGGCGACAAACGAAUUUCAGUUUGCUCGCGAGAUGUGGAUAAAAUGGUAUUAUUGCAAUAUUGAACACACUGGGAAACAGAGAUUAGAUAUCCCGCGUCAUUUUACUUACGGUUUACACGACGUUAACGAUGAAUUGUAUAUACCUAUUACUAGAUGUAUAAAGAAACUGAUAAGAAUAAACAAAAUGACACGGGAAA